AUGUUGUUAGCCUGGUUAGUGUUUACCGUAGUCGUUGCUUUUCUCAUUCGAAAGACCUUCUCAACAAAAAAACGCCGUCCUGUCUCUGUCAACUAUCACUUCUCUCGACAAUGCAACAAAUCAUGCGGCUUCUGCUUCCACACUGCCUUAACAUCCGACAAAGCAGGCCUCAACGAUGCAAAGAAAGGUCUUCGUCUCCUCAAGGAAGCUGGCAUGCGAAAGCUCAACUUUGCGGGCGGUGAGCUAUUUCUGCAUCCAAACUUCCUCGGGAGCCUCGUCGACUACUGCAAGGAAGAACUUCGAUUGGAGUCUGUGUCGAUCGUCACGAAUGGCAGUCUUGUGCGGGAAGAGUGGUUGAAGAAGCACGCACGAAACAUCGACAUUCUAGCAGUGUCCUGCGACUCCUUCAACGAGCAGAGAAACAUCGAAAUUGGUCGUGGUGCUGGCGAUCAAGUCACCUUACUGUAUAAGAUCGCGGAAUGGUGUCAAAAUCUGGGCAUCAUGUUCAAACUCAACACGGUUGUCUGCCGCUUGAAUAUGUACGAGGACAUGAACGAACACAUUACUCGAUUGCAGCCUUUUCGAUGGAAGUGCUUCCAGGUACUUAUGGUCGCUGGCGAGAACGAUUCAGACAAGACACUGAGAGAUGUGCGGAAGUUUAUGAUCUCCGACGAGGAAUACGAGACUUUCUGCCAGAGACACAAUCAUCAAUCUUCCUUUGUGGCUGAGCCAAACAAUUUGAUGGCAAAGUCCUACCUGAUCUUGGACGAAUACAUGCGCUUUCUGGAUCGUGAUGGUAGGCAGCCUUCUUCCCCUGUUCUGGAGGUAGGUGUCGAAAACGCUGUCUAG